AUGGAUUCUAUCUUCCGCAAGGUUGAGCGCGGCAUUGACGCCAUUUUUGGCGACGAGCGACACUCCCAUACCAAGAUCGGCCACGAAUGCCACGAGCACCAUCCUACUCAUCAUGCAUCCAACCGCUAUCAAUCCUUCGCCCCUCAGUCCACCGGCAAUGCGAAGUGGUAUGUCGACGGCUGUUCUUACUUCUGGGCUGUCUCCGAAGCUCUCGAAAAUGCCCGUGAGAGCAUCUACAUCCUUGACUGGUGGCUGAGCCCCGAGAUCUAUCUUCGCCGACCCCCGGCUGCCAACGAGCGGUACCGACUUGACAGUAUGCUCAAGGCGGCCGCCGAGAGGGGCGUCAAGGUCAGCAUCAUCGUCUACAGAGAGGGUCGAGGCUGCGUUGACGUGAAGCAUCUGGAAGGCCUGCACCCUAACAUCAGCGUGUUCCGCCACCCCGACCACGUGCCUACAGGCUACGACAUUCAGAAGGAGCUGGGACAGAGCUUCUCCAACAUGACGCUGAACACGGCAACCCUUUCAAAGGUCUCGGGCGAUGCUCUCAAGGCCAUCUACGGCACGGCCACCGACGGUGUUGUUCUCUUCUGGGCUCACCACGAGAAGCUGUGCCUCAUCGACCGCAAAGUGGCGUUCAUGGGUGGACUUGAUCUCUGUCAUCCGAUUGCAGACUCCCACCCCGGCAACCUGGAUGCCAUUGUCUUCCCCGGCCAGGACUACAACAAUGCUCGUGUCUACGACUUUGCCGACGUCGGCAACUGGAAUCAAAAUAAGCUGGACCGCACCAAGAGCUCGCGUAUGGGAUGGUCUGAUGUCAGCCUUAGUCUGAACGGUCCGGUUGUGGAGAGCCUGACAGAACAUUUCACUGAUCGAUGGAACUUCAUCUUUGACGAGAAGUACACCCACAAGAACCCCGGCAAGUACGAGAGAAUUGAGUUCAAGCCUCGCCACAGCCAUCUGGGCUUCCAUAGGAGAUCCGGAGAGCAUGAGCGCGGAGGCUUCCUCAAGCAGGACCCCAGCCAACUCCUGGGUGGUCUGUCAGGCCGCUUCAGCAAGGGUGUCAACAAGUUCAUGCACGACGACAGCAGUAGUGAUGAAGAGAAAUCAUCAAAACGUCCUCAUCGUGAGAACGAGCCCGCCAAUAUUCAACUGACCAGGAGCUGCACUAAAUGGUCGGCGGGACACGCCACCGAGCAUUCUAUUGCGAAUGCCUACAUUGACGCCAUUUCAAACGCCCGGCAUUUUGUUUACAUUGAGAACCAGUUCUUCAUUACGGCAACUUGCGAUGAACAGCGCCCCGUCAGCAACAAGAUCGGUCGCGCCAUGGUGGACCGCAUCCUCCGUGCUCAUGAGGCCGGCGAGAACUUCAAAAUCAUUGUCAUUAUGCCUGCGGUCCCUGCGUUCGCCGGCGACCUCAAGGCGGACGAUGCGCUAGGCACGCGUGCUAUCAUGGAAUUCCAGUACAAGUCCAUUAGCCAAGGAGGCUACAGCAUCCUGGAGACCCUCCAGAAAGAAGGCGUCGAGGAUGUCGGUCGCUACAUUCGAUUCUACAACCUCCGAAGCUACGACCGUAUCAAUGUGUCGUCGACUAUGAAGGAGGCCGAGAAGCAGAGCGGCGUCUCGUACGAGGACGCGAGAAAGGAGCGCGACGACGCUCUGGGCUCAGGAUACGCCCCCUACGGCGAGCAGCAGAGCCAGGGCCAGGGACAGUACGAGCGUUACCAGCAAGCAGCCGCUCAGCUGGACGACUCGACCUGGGACAGCGUAUCGGCGUGCUACAUGAACGUCGGGCCUGACCUGCGCUCCGUCCCCUGGAAGGGCGACCCGGAAGCCGAGAUUUCGGCCUUUGUCACGGAGCAGCUCUACGUGCACACCAAGCUGCUCAUCGCCGACGACCGGCUUGUCAUCUGCGGCUCAGCCAACCUCAACGACCGCUCGCAGCUGGGCUCGCACGACUCGGAGAUUGCCGUCGUCAUCGAGGACCCCGUCACGGUCGACUCAUACAUGGACGGCGCGCCGUACGCCGCCUCGCGCUUCGCCGCCAGCCUGCGCCGCCACAUCUUCCGCAAGCACCUCGGCCUCCUGCCGCACCAGCGCUGCGACAGCCCCGACCCCCACGGCAACUGGUCGCCCGUCGACCGAGGCCUCAACGCCUACGACUGGAAUUCGCCCGCCGACGCCCUCGUCCGCGACCCCAUCAAGGUCUUCCACUGUGUGCCCAACGACCACGUCCGCACCUGGAAGGACUACGACGAGUUCUUCUCCCGCCACUUUGCCAACCCCGGCACUGGCAAGCCCGGCGACGGCAAGGUCGAGUACGGCCACGUCGUCACCGAGGAGUUCCCCGGCGGCGUCGCCGAGGUCAAAGAGUGGCUGUCGAGGGUCAGGGGCAACCUCGUCGAGAUGCCGCUGAAGUUCCUCAUCGACGUGCCCGACAUUGCCAUUGAGGGCCUCCAGCUCAACAGCUUCACGCAGGAACUCUACACGUGA